AUGUUCCUGAAUAAGUGUGAGGGAGACCUGGGCGAGCUGCGGAAGCCGGGGGACGGCGAGGGCACCCCACCAGCCACCACUGAGGAGGAGCAGCCCAAGAAGAAGCACCGGAGGAACCGCACCACCUUCACCACCUACCAGCUGCACGAGCUGGAGCGCGCCUUCGAGAAGUCCCACUACCCCGAUGUCUACAGCCGCGAGGAGCUGGCCAUGAAGGUCAACUUGCCGGAGGUCCGCGUGCAGGUCUGGUUCCAGAACCGACGAGCCAAGUGGAGGCGGCAGGAGAAGAUGGAGGCCAGCUCCAUGAAGCUCCAUGACACCCCUGUGCUCUCCUUCAACCGAUCCCCCAUGACACCCAACGUGGGGCCCAUGAGCAACUCCCUCCCGCUUGACCCAUGGCUGACGUCCCCCAUCUCCAGUGCCACCACAGUCCACAGCAUCCCUGGCUUCAUGGGAGCCCCCCAAGCCCUGCAGCCCCCCUACGGCGGGCACUCCUUCCUCAACACCCCCCCGCCGAUGGCGCAGGGCAUGCAGCCCAUGGCCCCUGCGCCCUACCAGUGCGGCACCACCUUUGUGGACAAGUACCCGCUGGAGGAGGUGGACCAGAGGAGCUCCAGCAUCGCCUCGCUCCGCAUGAAAGCCAAGGAGCACAUUCAGACCAUUGACAAGACCUGGCAGCCCAUUUGA